GGAAGAUUAUAAUCCCAUCGCCAAAAUUCCUCACUAAUGGCAUUAAAACAACUUUUAUUUCUACACAAUCCAUCGCCGGCGUCGUAUUCCUCUCGCCGGAAAAAUGCAUCGGCAGCUACUUCUUCGACUAGCAAUUCAAUACUUCAACACCCGAUGUUAUUGUCGAAGGACAUUGACAAAUUCAAACCACUGGAUUUCCCUAAGAACUCCACCAGGAAGUUGAAUCGCUCUGUUACUACUAUCAGAUCUCAAUUGAAUUUUCCCAUCAUUUCUCCGCAAGAUCAAUGGGGAACUUGGACUGUUCUCUUCGCUACCGGCGCUUUUGGCAUUUGGUCGGAGAAGACCAAGGUUGGGGCUGCACUAAGUGGUUCACUAGUAAGUGUACUGGUUGGUCUAGCAGCAAGUAACUUGGGCAUUAUAGCUAGUGAAGCUCCAGCAUAUAAAAUCGUGACAGGAUUCUUGCUUCCACUUGCUGUUCCCUUGCUGUUGUUUAGAGCUGAUAUGCGUAGAGUAUUGAAGUCCACUGGAACACUGCUCUUGGCCUUUUUGCUUGGAUCAGUUGCAACUACUAUUGGGACUGUGGUGGCUUUUUGCAUAGUUCCGAUGCGAUCACUUGGUCAAGAUGGCUGGAAGAUAGCUGCCGCUCUUAUGGGAAGACACAUAGGUGGAGCUGUCAACUAUGUGGCUAUUUCCGAAGCUCUGCAGACAUCACCAUCAGUUGUUGCUUCUGGAUUGGCUGCUGAUAAUCUUAUUUGUGCAGUAUACUUCACAACAUUGUUUGCAUUGGCUUCUAAAAUACCUGCUGAGGCUACUCAAUCAGCCAGUGAUGACAAGGUUGACUCAGAAUCUGGUAACAAGCUACCUGUACUGCAGACUGCUACUGCUCUUGCUGUGUCCUUUGCUAUAUGCAAAGCUGGAGAACUUUUGACUAAGCAUUUUGGUAUUCAAGGAGGUCUCCUUCCCACUAUUACAGCUAUUGUUGUCAUUUUAGCAACUUCAUUUCCCAGUCAAUUUGCCUACCUUGCGCCGUCUGGUGAAGCUAUGGCACUGAUUUUGAUGCAGGUAUUUUUUACAUUCAUUGGUGCCAGUGGUGGGAGCAUAUCAAACGUUCUCAAUACCGCGCCCAGUAUAUUUCUGUUUGCAUUUAUCCAGAUUGCAGUCCAUCUGGCCGUGAUACUUGGAGUUGGGAAACUGCUCCGACUUGAACUGAAAGAAUUGCUUAUAGCAUCAAAUGCAAACGUAGGAGGCCCGACAACAGCUUGUGGAAUGGCCACCGCCAAAGGGUGGAUUUCCAUGGUUGUUCCGGGCAUUCUUGCUGGUAUUUUUGGCAUCGCGAUUGCAACUUUUCUUGGUAUUGCUUUUGGACAGGCCGUCCUUAAAUUCAUGUAAGUUUGGACUGUGUGGACUUGGUGAAGUGCAUCUAGUUCUUCAUAAAUAAUACUAGUUGCACAAGUUAUGCAGGAAUGUGUAUUCAAAUUUGUAAUAUAUCAAACAAAACAUUCAACAAGAAAUGGUUCUUGUAUUAUAGUCCUUACCUUACGAA